AGAAGCAGAGCCCUUUUGCUUUCUUUCAAAAAAUCCAAGAUUGUUUUGUUUCCAUUUAAAACUCUCUCCAUUACCAUAAAUCCUCUCUCUGUUUCUUCUUUACUAAAAUUGAAGAGAAAGAGAGAGAGGGGGGUUGAAAAUGUCGACGCAGACACGCCGUUCGUCGUUUUCCUCUUCAACGUCGUCGUCUCUUGCAAAAAGACACGCGUCUUCUUCAUCGACAGAGCAUGUAGGCAAGGCCACGGCGGUUGCGCCUCAUUUGGCCAAGAAACGAGCCCCUCUUGGUGACAUUACGAAUCAAAAGAAUGUGACUCAAAAAGGAUCAAGAACCUUAAUUCCAUCAUCUACUUUGGCACCAUUCUCAAAUAAAUUUGCCAAGGUGAAGAAGGGAACUCCUGCUUCUAAUAGCAGUACUUUACCUGCAUCCUUAAAUGCGAAAUCAAGCGCUGUUGGUGUUUGUAAGGUGAUCUCUGUCUCAACAAGAGGCGAAAGUGUCCCUCCUGUUGCUGCAGUUUCUGUUCCAUGCAGCAUUGAUGUUUCUCCAAGUAAAUCUGAUGAUCUUUCAAUUUCUUUGGAUGAAUCAAUGUCCACCUGUGAUUCUUUUAAGAGCCCCGAGGUUGAAUAUAUAGAUAACAAUGAAAUAAUAGCAAUUGAUUCUAUCAAUAAGAAGACCUUGAGCAAUCUGUACAUCUCAGAUCAUUUGGAAACUGCAGAAAAUGCAUGCAUCAGAGAUACUCGUACUGAUAUGGAAACAGAUGAUAAAAUUGUUAAUGUUGAUGACAAUUACCAGGAUCCGCAACUUUGUGCAACCAUUGCCUGUGAUAUUUACAAGCAUUUGCGUGCAUCUGAGAUGAAGAAAAGACCCUCCACAGACUUCAUGGAAAGAAUUCAGAAAGACAUAAAUGCCAGCAUGCGUGCAAUACUGGUUGAUUGGCUUGUGGAGGUAGCUGAAGAGUACAGGCUUGUACCAGAUACCCUGUAUUUGACCGUGAACUACAUCGAUCGAUAUCUGUCUGGAAAUGUGAUGAACAGGCAACGACUGCAGCUGCUUGGUAUUGCCUGCAUGAUGGUUGCUGCGAAAUACGAGGAAAUAUGUGCGCCCCAGGUGGAAGAGUUUUGCUACAUUACCGAUAACACAUAUUUCAGGGAUGAGGUUCUGGAAAUGGAAUCAACUGUUUUGAACUACUUGAAGUUUGAAAUGACAGCCCCAACAGCUAAAUGUUUUUUGAGGCGAUUUGUUCGUGCUGCUCAAGGAAUCAAUGAGGUUCCAUCAAUGCAGUUGGAAUGCUUGGCCAACUACAUUGCAGAAUUAUCUCUUUUGGAAUAUACUAUGCUUUGCUAUGCUCCGUCGCUGGUAGCUGCCUCUGCCAUUUUCCUGGCCAAAUAUAUACUUCUUCCUUCAAAGAGACCGUGGAAUUCCACAUUGCAACAUUACACACUUUACGAGCCUGUUGAAUUGUGUCACUGUGUAAAGGAUCUCUAUCGCCUGUGUUGUGGAAGCCAUAAUUCUACUUUACCCGCAAUCAGGGAGAAAUACAGUCAGCAUAAGUACAAAUUUGUAGCAAAGAAGUACUGCCCACCUUCCAUACCCGAGGAAUUCUUCCAGAACCUAAGCUGCUAGACUGCUGUCUUACUCUUCCAAUGCUGUGUUGGAUUAACUUCAAUUGAAUCAACUGCUUUUAGAGGCUCUUCCCAUUCCAUGCAAUUCAAUCCAUAGGCAACACUUUAUCAUUAUUAACUGUAAAACGUAGAGGUCAGUAGUUUUUUAGCUUGUCUAGAGUUUUUGCUGAGUCUACUCUUUCGGCAAGGAUCAACUUUCAUAUAAUCCUGUAUGAUAUGAUAUCUUUAGUUCUUGUUAAUGAAUUCAUAGCCAUAUUUUAGCACAACUA